CAAUGCUAAAGUGAAAAGAGAGAGAAUCCUCCUUUUUUAUGAAGGCUAUAAUCAAUUUGAAGGGAUUGUACAAAUCUGUGUUGACAAUAUUUGGGGAGUUAUCUCUGGUGAGAGUUGGACUAAUGAUAAUUCUUUAGUUAUUUGCCAUCAACUUGGUUAUAAGAAAAUAGGUAGACAUGAUGUUACACAUGGCAAGCAAAGGAGAGCUGUAUUUCUGUCUAAUGUUUCUUGCAAUGGAAUGGAAUCAUCACUGAAUGAUUGUGAUAAAGUAUUAUAUCCACUAAAUAUUGCAAAGCAAUUAGCUAAUACAACUGAUGAAAUUGCUGCUGUUGCUUGUAUUGUUGAAACUAGAUCUACCGCAUCUACAGUGAAGCAAGUUAGUAAAAGUACCCAGUCUAAUGUUCAGCCUACAAUGGAUUCUGAUCAGAAUAAACCUAAUUUUCGUAACGAUCCUUAUUUCAUAUCACUUUGUGUCCUGGCUGGUGUAUUACUCAUUGUUGUGUGUGCCAUUUUAGGGUCAAAAGUGAGGAACAGUAGAAGGAAAAAGAGACUCGCAAGUCUUUCUCUUCAAACAACACAGUCUGAACCUAAAUCUAGCGAUGACAGUGAUGAUAGUGAUGAGCCUGAAAUACAAGAACAUCACUGUCGUUAUUAUCAGCGUCAUUGUCAAUAUCAUAGCAGUCAUCAUCAACAUUCUCAGAAUGACUUUCCAGUCGCAUCUCAAAAGGAAGCUUAUAGUAUUAAACGAACAUUAGUUUUACAAGAAGAACGUGUGCAUGUAGUGCAAAAAGUCAUCAAUUGAAACAAUUAAUACCCUUUAUGUUUGACAGUUGACUGAGAAAAAUAAUGGUGAAAUAAUUAUUAUUGAUAAUAA